CGUCCCUGCGUCCCACAUGCUGUCGUUUGCCAGUGCUGCUGCCAACAAGGUCGCUGCUGGCCUGGCGUGGUCGCCCGAGACUGGCCUUGUCGCUUACCCAGCCGACGCCAAUGUUUGCAUCAUGGCCACGCACUACCACCACGACGACCCCGCCACCACGCCAGCUCAGCCCCCAAAUAAUAACACCAGCAACAACAGCAACAACAACAACUCCAAGUUCAAGGAGCAGGAUCGCGUCGUCGCCGUCCUCACAGCGCACAAUGCGCGCGUCAAUACCGUCAAGUGGCUCGACGCACGGACGCUCGUGUCUGCUUCAGCCGACAAGACUGCUCGCGUGUGGCGCCUGUCCCCAGACGGAAGCAAUGCCCCUUCGGAGUGGGACUGGCGCGCAGAGUGGCCGUCGACGCACUGCCCGUGGAUCUCGGUCGCCACACUGGAAGGGCACACGGCGAGCGUCACUGCUCUGGCUACACUCACAGUGCCACAAACGCCAGUCGCAUUGCUACCGACGACGACGACGACGACGACGAUUACGACGACGACAAAGGAGGGCGCGAGCGCGGCGACCGUCCUUGCGCGUUGGAUUGCUACUGCGUCGGGCGAUGGAACAGUGCGCAUCUGGCUGUGCACGGACGAGCAUGUUGCUGCAAGUGCUACGUGGACGUGCGUACAAACUAUUGCGUUUGGCGUGCGCUACAUGGAGUCUGUCACUCUGGCGUGUCUGCCCAACUCGCCCGUGCCCAUUCUCGCCACCGGUGGCGUCGAUCGGAAGGUGCACAUCUUCACCUAUGAUACUGCCGACACUCGCCAGUUUGCGCUUCGGUGGUCUCUGGCUGGCCACGAGGAUUGGAUUCGCGCGGUCGCGUUUGCCCAUGCGCCCGUACCCCUGUCGGAACUCACCUCGCCUUCCCCUGUUGCAGCCCAGGAUGGCAACGAGUCUGCUGGCUCUUCUGGCUCUUCUGGCACCGCCGCAGACACACCGUGCUUGUUGCUUGCAAGUGCGGCGCAAGACUCAAUGGUCCGGUUGUGGCGUGUCGAGUGCAGUGCCACCAACAAUUCCCAGGCAACAGCAGCCGUCCUUGAUGCGUUGCUGACGGGACACGAUCUUCCUGUCUACAGUAUCGAAUGGGAGCCAGCAGUGCAGGUCGGCACAGACCCCGUUGUCGUCCGCCAACCUCUUUCUCUCUUGACGGCAUCGAUGGACCGAACCCUCAUGAAGUGGCAGCCCGACCCUGAAAGUGCCGUUUGGAUAAACACCACCCGUGUCGGCGAGUUCUCGGGUGCCGGACUGGGCUUUUACGGCGGCAUUGUUGGUCCGCGAGGCACUGCCAUUCUCGCGCAAGGAUUUCAAGGCGCCCUCCACCCGUGGACGAAGCAGCCCCAACCAGGCGCCGCCUCAUCCAAUGACGCUGACGCCGGCGGCACCUUGCCGUAUGAAGCUUGGGUGGCACAGGCGUCAGUGAGUGGCCACUUUGGUCCAGCAGAGGACCUUGACUUUGACCCGACGGGAGAGCUGCUCUUUUCCACGAGCGCCGACAUGACGACGCGCAUUUUCGCCUCAUGGGAGCGCCACCUUCCCGGUGCGCCCGAUCUACUCCUGUCAUGGCACGAGAUUGCGCGCCCGCAGAUUCACGGCUACAGCAUGAAUGCCGUUGCCACUGUGGGCAGCUUUCGCUUUGCCAGCGCGGGUGACGAGAAAGUCGUCCGUGUGUUUGACGCCACAGGGCACUUCAGGGAAACGCUCCAGGCGCUGUUGCCCGCAGUCCCAGCAGUGGAUGCCUCUGCUGCGUUCGACACUGCAUCUGCACUUGUCGGCGCGACCCAAGAGCGAGUGCGACUGGCUCAGCAGGCUCGCCGUGGCGUGCUUUUGGCAGACCGAACAUGGCAAAUCGCAACUGCCUCGGGCCCUACUGUCGACACGUUGUCACAACGCGGCCGAGCGUUGGGUGCGUCUGUGCCCGCUCUUGGCUUGACAAACCGUGCUGUUUUCGAGGACGACUUGUCUGGCGGCGUGGCCAAAGCCGCCGCCGGAGACGAUACCGCCGCUGGCGAAAGCUCGGGUCGUGUCGCAACCGCAGGUGACGACGAGGAGUCGGCGUUCACUGCGCAAGAGGCGCCUCCAGGCUUUGCCUUCCGCUACGAAAAGAUUGCAGGACCGCCACCGGAAGAGCAUUUGACGCAAAACACCCUUUGGCCCGAGGCACACAAGCUGUACGGCCACGGCAACGAAGUGUUUGCGUUGGCCUGCACACAUGCAGCGGUUUCGGCCGAUCCGACCGCGCCAGCCGAGCCAGCAUCAUCUCUUGGUGUCUCCUCCAAGGGUCGUUUGCUGGCCUCCUCCUGCAAGGCGACUCGCGCAGAUACUGCCGUCAUCCGCGUUUCCGAACUGGACACGUACCGCGAUAUUGCCCUUCUCGAGGCGCACACUCUGACCGUCACGCAACUCGCUUUUUCUCACAACGACCAAUUCCUGCUCAGCGUGUCGCGCGAUCGCACUUGGACACUGUUUUCUCGCAUUGGCCACACUUUCUCGCUCGUCGCCAAGACUCCAGCCCACGAGCGUAUCAUCUGGGCCUGUAGUUUCAGCCAUGACGAUCGUUUCUUUGCCACCGCUUCGCGUGACAUGACUAUUAAGAUUUGGGCGCUUGAAGCCCCGGGCACUUGCGUUGCGACCAUUGACCACUUCCGCGAGAGCGUGACUGCCAUUGAUUUCGCGCCAGCGCCAUAUGAAGGUGGGUAUCUGCUCGCCGUUGGACUUGAUUCUGGCACGCUUGGGCUGCUGCAAAUCAAAGCAGCUGCCGGCAGCUCCUCGCAGAUGACCGUCACUUCAGCCAAGACGCUGGAUAAGAGUGUUUGCCCUUCGUCCACCAUUCGACGAAUUCGAUUCCGGCCUUUCCCUGUUGUGGACUCUAUCAUUUCUUCUGCUCGUCCCAGGUUGCAGUUUGCGACAGCGAGCACGGAUACUUCUGUGCGGUUGUACGAUGUGCCGUUGUGAUUUGAACUUUGGCGGUUGUUUCUUUCG